GGGGGCGAAGAAGACGAAGGGGGGAACUAGAGGGGGAGGAGGGGCGGUUGGCAGGUUGCGGUCGAAGAGGAAGAAGGGGGGCAGUGGAGCUUCAGUUUGAGAUUGCCGUACCCAUCUCCCUCCUCCUAGUUCUCCCUCUUCUCUUUCCCCUUCUUCGGCGUUGUCGGUGAGGUUGGACAGCUAUGGCGUCCGCACGCUCGCGCGCUUGCCGCUUGGUGCAGCGCGUUGCCGACGCGCAGCGUCAAGGAUGGCUGGCUCCUGCAGCAGCAGCGGCGCGCGCCGGGCCGGCGGAAGCUCGGCGAGCCAUGUCGACGGCUGCUUCCCGGGGCCUGCUGCGGGCCGUCGUUGCGCGGUCUUCGGCCUUCGGCAGCGCGCAGGUGCGCUGCGCCUUUGCCGCCUCGCGCCGGAUCUCCGCGGAAGCGCUGAAGCCGCUCGACACCUUCCCCCGCCGGCAUAUCAGCCCAACAGCCGAGGACCAAGCGGCUAUGGCAAAAACCUGCGGCUUUGACUCCGUCGAUGCGCUGGUCGAUGCCACUGUCCCACCGUCCAUUCGUCUCGAGAAGUCGCUGGAUCUGGGCAAGUACACGACCGGGUUCGCUGAGAGCGAAAUGCUUGAAAAUUUCAAGGCUAUGGCGUCGAAGAACGAAGUGAAGCGAUCCUUCAUCGGCAUGGGUUACUACAACACCUUCACGCCAACGGUCAUUUUGCGCAACAUUCUGGAGAACCCAGGAUGGUACACGCAAUACACCCCCUACCAGGCGGAGAUUGCGCAGGGAAGGCUGGAGUCGCUGCUGAAUUACCAGACCAUGGUGUCGGAUUUAACGGGAUUGCCGAUGGCAAAUGCGUCGCUGCUGGAUGAGGCGACCGCGGCGGCGGAAGCGAUGGGAAUGUGUAGCAACAUUGUGAGGGGGAAGAGGAAGAAGUUCUUCAUUGCGAGCAACUGCCAUCCGCAGACCAUAGCCGUGUGCGAGACGAGAGCGGAUGGAUUGGGGAUGGAGGUGGUGGUGGGGAACCCGGCGGAGAUAGACUACAGUGGGAAGGAUUACUGUGGGAUCCUGUUGCAGUAUCCGGGUACCGAUGGGGCCAUCGAAGACUACGAGUCGGUCAUUAAGGUAGCGCAUGAUAAUAACGCGAAGGUGGUGAUGGCAACGGAUUUGUUGGCGCUGACAAUGCUAACGCCGCCGGGAGAAUUGGGAGCGGACAUAGCAGUUGGCUCGGCGCAGAGGUUCGGUGUGCCGAUGGGGUAUGGUGGUCCCCACGCUGCCUUCCUCGCCACGUCCUUCGACUACAAGCGGUUGAUGCCGGGAAGAAUCAUCGGCAUUAGCGUCGACUCGCAGGGCAACCCGUGCCUCAGAAUGGCCAUGCAGACCCGUGAGCAACAUAUCCGACGAGACAAAGCGACCAGCAACAUCUGCACUGCACAGGCUCUUCUUGCAAACAUGGCGGCCAUGUAUGGAGUUUACCACGGGCCAGAAGGUUUGAAGAGCAUUGCUGAGCGCACACAUGGACUGGCUGCAGUGUUUGCAGCUGGAGUGGAGAAAUUGGGAGCAGGAAAGGUGGGAUCUGCUCCCUUCUUUGACACCGUUAAAGUGGACUGUGGACCUGGGAAAGCAGUGGGUAUCGCCAAAGCUGCGGAGGCGAAGGGCAUGAACCUGAGAGUGCUUGAUGCCAACACUAUCACGGUUGCUUUUGACGAGACGACGAAACUAAGUGACGUGGAUGAUCUGUUUGCUGCCUUCUCCGGCAAGGCGGCUCCUUUCACGGCAGAGUCUCUCGCCGCGGCAGUAGAUACCACUUUGCCAUCCAACUUCGUCCGCCAGAGCAAGUACCUCACGCACCCCAUCUUCAACAUGUACCAUUCGGAACAUGAGAUGCUGCGGUACUUGAGCAAGCUGCAGUCAAAGGACUUGUCGCUAUGCCACAGUAUGAUUGCCUUGGGAUCCUGUACAAUGAAGCUGAAUGCUACGUCGGAGAUGAUACCCAUCACUUGGCCGGAGCUGGCCAACAUUCAUCCCUUCGCUCCUGUGGACCAGGCGAAAGGAUAUGAGGAAAUGUUUAAAGACCUGGCGACCAUGCUCUGUGAGAUUACAGGGUUCGACUCAGUGUCGUUGCAGCCAAAUGCUGGAGCAGCAGGAGAGUAUGCAGGUCUCAUGGCUAUUCGUGCAUAUCACCAGGUUGGCUUAACCAGCCCUGGGUAUAUUGGAGCUGAUGUGUGUCAUCUGAACCUUCAUAAGACCUUCUGCAUUCCUCAUGGCGGAGGAGGACCAGGCAUGGGCCCCAUCGGAGUUAAGAAGCAUUUGGCGCCAUUCCUGCCAUCUCACCCUGUGAUUCCGACGGGCGGGCUGCCAGCAACUGCGUCUCAAAACUCGUUUGGAGUGGUUUCGGCAGCCCCUUGGGGAUCAGCCCUCAUCCUGCCCAUCUCCUUCAUGUACAUUGCGAUGAUGGGGUCCAAAGGAUUGACAGAGGCUUCGAAGGUUGCCAUCUUGAAUGCCAAUUAUAUGGCGUCGAGGCUUGAGAAGCAUUACCCGAUUCUUUUCCGAGGCAAGAACGGAACCUGUGCACAUGAGUUCAUCAUUGAUCUCCGGAACUAUAAGAACACAGCUGGCAUUGAGCCGGAGGACGUUGCGAAGAGAUUGAUCGAUUAUGGUUUCCACGCACCGACAAUGUCAUGGCCAGUACCGGGAACGCUCAUGGUGGAACCAACAGAGAGCGAAAGCAAGGCUGAGCUGGACAGGUUCUGCGAUGCGAUGAUCGCCAUUCGUCAGGAGAUAAAGUUCAUCGAGGAUAAGGUUUAUGACAAGACAAACAAUAUGCUCAAGAAUGCCCCGCACACUGCAGAGAUGGUGAUCAGCGAUUCAUGGGACAAGAAAUACGCAAGGGAGUUGGGUGCAUUCCCUCUGCAUUGGGUGAAGGAUGCCAAGUUCUGGCCUAGCACUGGUCGUGUGGAUAAUGUCUAUGGCGACCGUCAUCUCAUAACCACUCUCCAGCCGGCGGAGGCGCCAGUGGAGAAGGUCGCAUAAUGGGAGAGUAGGGGUGUGCCUCUCGGCGAGAGAGCAAGGACAUGGCGCUCAGCUCAUGUUGGCAACUUCAUUAUACGAAUACAACUGUAGAAUACGGAGAUGCAUCUUGGGAGAGGAGGUGUUGGCAGUGGGAGAGGCAAGUCCUCUCUUAACCGUUACUGUCUUCUGUUGCAUAAUCUUAUAUCAUUCCACCACCGCCUUUACCUCCUAUACUACUUUCUUCCUAAUUUUUUUUUUUUUUUUGCCAGAGUCAGACUCGUCUGCGGCUACGGCUGCUGAUGGAGAGUAAUUUUGAGCAAAAGUCCCGCAUCACAGUCACAGCACAGCAUCUGUUUGGCCAACCCUGACCCCCAUCGCCCACAAAAAAAAAUGAGCUCUGAUCACAUCGGGUCUAUCCAUGCCUCCUCUUAUUUCUGACACAUCAACUUGUUUUCACUCAAGCGAUCUUGACUCCAUCAGCUCUGCUGCAGCUCAAAUAGGGCUCUCUACCCCCCUCAUCUUUAUGUGUUAGCCCUUUUUGCUUAUCCUGACUGCCACUUGUUUUGCCAAGUGUCAUAAUCUGCCACAUGUCAUCAUAAUCUGCCACGUGUCAUGAUUGCCACGUGUCACAAUCUGGUGAUGAUCUGCUACGUGUCAUAAUUCGGUAAUAACCUGCCACAUGUCGUAAUCUGGUGAUAAUCUGCCACGUGUCAUACAUAAUCUGGUGAUAAUCGGCCACAUGUCAUGAUCCUGUAAUAACGUGCCACGUGUCAUAAUCGAGUGAUUAACCAAUUAACCAGUCAGAAUCUGCCAUGUGUCAUAAUCGAGAGAGGAAGUCAUAAUCUGCCACGUGUUGUGAUCGAGUCACAGUCACAGUUGGAAUCGAGUCACAGUUUCAAUAUCACAUUCUGAUUACUGCCGCUUUCCGCCGCUUGUACAGUCCCAGCCAAAGCCAGAGAGCUGAGAUCGAGCUAAGUAUGGCAUGUCGUUUCGAUCCUGCAGCUGCCUGUGCUGUCAUUCGUGCUUGGCAGCCGUGGCCAUGGCAUGGAAAACCCGUCAGCUCCAUGCUUGUGCUGUUUAUCAUAACGAAGCAAAGGACAGUCGCUGUCGCAGUCAUAACCAGGGUUAGCGUCGCGGCUUACCUUCUGCAGAUCCUGUUGGAGGUACAGUCACAGUCACAGUCACACCGCCAUGACACAGUUAUAAUUUCUACGCUCUGCAGAGACCAGCUCCGAAUAGGGAGGUACAGUCACAGUCACAGUCACACCCCCAUUCCUUGGCCGCGGUAAGGUCACCGUCAGUGUCAGCAACCACCCCCUUGCUGCUGUUACUGUCAGAACUCUUCCGUCUCCCUGGCACAGCUGGUUCUGUAUCUGCCUGAAUUAUUUAACCUGACUGACUUUCAACCUGGCUCACACAACGACUGUGCUUUUUCCGGAGAACAGCGAGUGCGUGUUUUUUGGUGGUGGACGCUACCUGGUUUACAAUGGUCGAUGAGGGGCGCUUAUCGUGUCGUCGGGUGGACGCUACCCGUCCGUUUUGCAAUGGUCGCGACGAGGGGCUCAUGAUGUCGUCAACAAGCUCUGAGGAACGAAAGAAGAGGUUUUGCAAUGGUAGAGGAGUGGUGGCUUAUCGUGUCGCCGACAACCUCUGAAGAAUUGAACAAGAUUUUUGUCCAGUCUGCGUGUAGGGUUUUCUUAGGGGAGAUGCAAUGGAGGUGGGGGUUGAAGAGAGGAGGGAGAUGGAUUUCUCGUUAUGGUGUGAAAUGCUCACCAUCAGGCUCAUCAUCAUCAUCAUCAUCAUCGUCAUCAUCAUCAUCGUCAUCAUCAUCAUCGUCGUCAUCAUCAUCGUCGUCAUCAUCAUCAUGUGACAACAGCAUGUGUCGUUGUCAUCAUCAUCAUCAUCGUCAUCGUCAUCGUCAUCGCCAUCAUCAUGCAGGUGGUGAUAAUGGCCAUUAGAUGAGGUCUUGGCAGUCAGAUUUGGAUGAACUUUUGGCUUUAGGAAAAUCACCUCCAUAGACCUGUGUGAGAGAAGCAGCCACUAUUCGGUGCACCUGGUCCACUCACUGCUCACUGCACCUGGUCUACUCAUUAUGAGGCUUGCAGCGUAAUAGAUUUGACUGCAUUGACUACGCAAUCAAUGCAUCUUAGUGCGAACCCAGAUCGAGUGGGACUUGGCGUCUUGCCAGCACCAUCACUACUUCACGCAGCUUUUUCAUUGGUGUAUAGUCUCGAGGAGACACACAUCGUGAUGUGUGUAUCAUUCCAGUGUCUGCUCAUGGUACGAACCCUGCUAGCGCUGCAAUGUGCGGCAUGAAGAUUGUUGCUGUUGGAACUGACGCAGAGGGAAAUGUGAACAUGAAGGAGCUGAAGGAUAUGGCAGAAAAGCACAAGGACAACUU